AUGGAUCAGUCGAGUUGCAGUAUCACAGUACAAUCUAAGCAUCUUUCAUUGCUACUCCACUGCACCUACCCACCUAACUACUACAACAUGAAACUGUUCGUGAUCGCCGCUCUCGUCGCCGUGGCCGCUGCCGGUCGUCUGGAACACCUGGAACGCUCCUACCUUCCUCCCGACAACUCUAUCGGAGUCGCGAGGUCGUCCUUCGGCUCCAACGGAGGCUUUGGCUCCGGCUCCGGCUCUCAUGGGUCAUUCGGAUCUAACUCUGGUGCCUUCGGCGCUGCUGGAGCAGGUCUGCAAGGCCGCAACGCUGGUGCUCGUUACUCUGGUGCCACCUCCAACCAGUACCUGCCACCUAACCAUGGACCUUCUGGCGCUCAGGGUGCUCCUCAGUUCGCUGGCUCUCUGAACGGUUUUAGCGGCCAGAACUUCCGUAGCCAGCAGCAAUACAAUGGAAACGGUGCUUCUCAUGGAGCUGCUCACGGUGCUGGUCACGGUGCCGCCCAUGGUGUAGCUCAGCAGUACUCCGCUCCUAGCUCUCACUUCGGAUCUCAACAGGGAUCUCACUCCUUCGGAUCUCAGGGCUCCAACUCUUUUGGAUCUCAUGGCUCCAGCUCUUUCGGAUCUCAUGGCUCCAACUCUUUCGGAUCGCACCAAGGCCAGUACUCCCAGCAGUCUGCCGCCACCAGCCGUCAGUACCUGGCUCCCAAGACCUACCAGAGCUCUCCCCAACAAGCUUUCGAUGAGAAAACUGGAUACCAGUACUAA